AUGAAUGCCAACAAUAGUCGACGUGUUUUACGGACACCGAAAUGCGCCAAAUGUCGGAAUCACGGAAUCGUUUCAUGUCUUAAAGGUCACAAGAAGUAUUGUCAAUGGAAAGAAUGUAAAUGCAAUAACUGUAUUCUUGUGGUCGAACGCCAGAAAGUGAUGGCCACUCAAGUGGCACUCAGACGACAACAGAUAUCCAGUACCGGUAAGGAUAGGACAGCCAUCGAGACUGUACUGAUGGAACAGAAACGCCGAUAUCAGGUCCAACUGAGAACUGUACAGAAGGCCAUCCGCAAUGAAAUGAUACGUGAAAAACAAAACGCCAGUCUCUAUCUCCAGAAUCCGUAUAUCGCAAAAAUGAUUAAACGACGCAAGAAUUACGGUAUUGGAGUGAUACCCGAACCGAAACUAUGGCCAUUCCUGGCCACUGCCACCACCACUGGUGUCGAAGACAAUAGUCUACUAUCGUUAACUGAUCAUCAAUCAACAACUUAUGUAUCACAUAUGAUUGACACUCAAACCAUUUCAUCAUCACUAUCAUCAUCGUCAUCAUCAUCAGUAUCACCAAUAGUUUACUCGAGUUCAAUGCCAUCACUUAUGGCACUUAAUUAUCUACGAUUGGCGACAACAACCAAUCCAUUAUUAUUUCAUACAUCAGCAGCACAUUUACACAAUGAUUAUAACAAUAGUAUAACUGGUUUUCCGGUUACAGUAUUGCCAGCGGAUGGUAAGCCAAAGCAAUCAGAAAUUUUCGCAAACAAAACAACGACUACUAGUUUCUCAAAGAGUUUUACCGUCGAUGCUAUACUCGGGAAGUCAUAA